AUGUCGGAUGGCCGCGUCACCGUUGGGCACUGCAUCGAGGGACUGCCCAUGGGGCUUUUCGUAUGGGAAUUGCUACUUUGCGCCUUCUUGGCAUGCUUUUGGCUGGGCGCCAUGAAUGAGCCGACACCUUUUGCCAUGGGCCUGGUGGCCACCGAUUGGUCCUUCAACGAGCUGAGCGUGCAAGCCGUUCUGGCUGUGAUGAGCAUUGGCAACAGUAUCUCUUUGCUGGCUUUUGGUUGGUUGGCUGACCGCUAUGGCCGCGCUUUGGUCAUGCGAAACCUUCUCUUACUGACCAUUGCAGCUGCCAUCUUCAUGCAGGGCUCAAGGAGUUUGGAACUCACGCUCUGGGGCCGCUUUCUCGUAGGUCUUUCUUCCGGUGGUUUGAUGGCGGCAAUGUUGCCACUGCUGGCAGAGCUGCUGCCGGCCAAAAGCCGUGGCUUCUAUCUCACCGUUUGGACAUGUGGCAGGCCUGCCGGUGCCCUGUUCGCCGUCAUCAUCAGCUGCUUGCUGCUCCGCAUGCAGUGGACCAAUUUCAUCUUCUUGCUGACCCUGCCGGCAGUGGUUCUGUACAUCUUAUGUCGAUUAGAAGUGGUUCCAGAAUCUCCCCGAUUCUUGUACCUGGUGGGCAGAAGAGAGGAAGGCUACUUCACUCUCUUGGACAUAUAUGACAAGGAGAUGACUUGUCUUCCCUGGGCACCCGAGUCCGUGUCGCUCACCAGCUCGCCCGAGAGCAAGGAGGUCAAAGCCGGACUUGAGAAGCUCCACUCCUCCGAUGCGACCAUCACAGCUUUCUUGUGCCUCAUCGUCUUCAUGAUCAACUGCGCCUCUCAGUGCACGCAGGCCUGGGUGCCGAUGACCACGCUGGCGACCUCCAGUACGCUGGCGAACCCACUGGCUUUAAUCGCGUUCCCAUUUGUCCAGGUGGUGCAGAGCCCACAAGUCCACAGCCUUGCGCUGCUGCAGAGCCCACCAGAUCACCACUCAGUGAUGGUGGUAGCCCAGGGCUACAUGCUUGAGCUGUGUGGCAUCGUUCUUUGUGCCACGGUCUCAUCAGUCUUGAGCCGUCGCUGGCUCAUCCGGGGCGCACUGCUGUGCGCGGCCGUCCUGAGCUUCGCAACCACCGCGGCGGAGGGGCGGCGAAUGUGGUUUUCUGCGGGACCUCUUUAUGGAGCUGUUCUCAUCGCACAAUCUGCAGCCUUCAACUUUCUUCUGGUCUAUACUUGUGAGAAGUUCCCCACGUCCUCCCGUGCCAGUGCGGUGGGUUUGGUGCUGUUCUUCGGUGAGGUUGCGCGCUUCUUUAUGCCGGCCCUGGGCAUUGUUUUAUUGAGGCAUAUGUCCCAGUUCACUGUGGUAUCCAUCUUCAACAGCUUGUAUUUGGUUGCAUUCGUUCUGACCUUCCAGCUUCCUCUGCCAUCUUUUCGCGAAAAACCACUUCACGACAUCGAUGAAAGCAGAGGGAAAGAUGCGCUGAAGCGCAAGCGACUUGGAGUCACCUAUCAAACUGUUUAG